AUGGCGAGUGCGCAUCUUACCGAAGAACAACUGCAACGAAGUGCGGUGUUGUCAGAAGAGGAGCUUCAGAAUAACGCUAUUCUGUCGGAUGAGGAUGUUGAGCAUGAAUCGGCGGUCCGAGAUGCUGUCGAAGAUGGUCGUGGGAGUACUGAGAGCCCGUUGACGAACCCGAAUACCCACGAUGACGGCUUUUCAGACGCUUCUGGCGAUGGGGACGAGCAAAGAUCCGUCAGUGCCCUGGCAGACGACCUGGAGAUGGGCGAAAACACAGACGAGGCCAGCGAUCUCUCUCAGGCGUCUCUUGACGAUGAUAUGGGUAACGAUUCUGAGGAGGACAUGGGUGCGCCUAUGGAGCGCGACGGUGAUGACGCCUCAGCAGGCGCGCGAAGUCGGAGCAGUAGUCUUCUGGAAGAUAUCGAAGAAGAUGAGGCUGAAGGCGUUGGUGCUGUCAAGAUUCGACCAGGGGAGACCGAUGAUGAGGUAGAGCUUGACAGCGAGCACUCGGACUCCCAGAGCGAGUCUGGAAACGAGUCCGACGGUGCCGCAGCAUGGGAAGACGCUGCUGGGGGCGAAGAAGACGACGAGGAAGAAGGCUCUGAGGACGCCGCGCCCAACACAUGCAUGUUCUGCAGGCAAGACGAGGACAACGAUCCUGGAGAGGACUUUGAGGAGUACCUAAGCUGUGUCGUCUGUGGCGAAAAUUCACACCAACAUUGCGCCAGAGAAGCCAAUGUUGUAAAGCAGCUCACCGAUCUUCAGCAGUGGAAGUGCCCUGAAUGUGCUGCUCCCGAUGACGAACCGUCUUUCGCGGCCUUAACCGAUAUUUCUCAUCGACCUGAGCCCGAGCAUGAGAUCGAGCUUGAGCUGUCGCCUUCUUCGAGGAGGUCAACGGCAUCUCAAGUGGCGCGCGACUUGCUUCCUCCUCAGAAGGGUCCCGCGAAGCCUGACUCUCAUUCGGUCUUCAGCCAGCUUCUGUUAGACGGCGACCCUAUGGAUGGAUCACGCGUUCUUCGAAAGCGAAAAACCUCUUCCGUCGAGGCGGAUGAAAUGGUCAUGUCUCUUCGGAAACGUCGCAGAAAUGCCUCCAAGGAUCGAGAGACCAGCCAUGGCUUGACAACGAACCAGGAUGCGUCUGACGGUCCUGCAGAAAAAGACGUCCGCCGCAAGCUGCGACUGAAUCCCGCUAGGAAAUCCCAGGCUGUUGUCGUUACCCGUCGCCAACGCUCAACAAUCGUCCAUAUGCGCAUAAAGCCAUCCUCACUUCGCCGCGUCUUGUCCAGAAAAGCAACAUCAAAUCGGAAGAGAUCGCAUAGGAGAGAUGGUGCCUCGUCGCGUGGUGGUGUUUCAACGGUUGUGCCAUCAACUUUCACUGCGACAGACUAUUCACACCCCUUCUACUCUUUCUAUGAUCGCGAGACAGAUGAAAUGAAGACCAAGCCGUACGGAGGGAUUCUUAGCGAAGCAGAAGCCGACACGUCCAGAACGAUGCCUGCCAAUGAUGACCGUCGGCGAUUCGACGAGGCGAAACAAAAGGCGGAAGAAGUCUGGAGAGCUCGUCUUCAUAGUACUCAGGCUAUCCUGGGAACGCCUGCCAAGAAGACAAAGAAGAAUGCUGAACCGGCAAGCCAGAUCGAGUGCAUCGAUUUCGGCGGUUGGGAAAUCGACACAUGGUAUGCGGCACCCUACCCCGAAGAGUACAGUCGGAACCGAACUUUGUACAUUUGCGAGUUCUGCCUCAAGUACAUGAACUCAGAUUAUGUAGCCUGGCGUCACAAACUCAAGUGUCCGGCUAAGCACCCUCCGGGCGACGAGAUAUACCGACAUGGUUCUGUUUCUGUUUUCGAGGUUGACGGCCGAAAGAAUCCAGUCUACUGCCAGAAUCUCUGCCUGCUGGCCAAGCUCUUCCUCGGAUCCAAAACACUUUACUACGACGUCGAGCCUUUCCUCUUCUAUGUGUUGUGUGAGUAUGAUGCUCUCGGUUAUCAUUUCGUUGGUUAUUUUUCCAAAGAGAAGCGGGCGAGCAGCCAGAACAAUGUGUCCUGCAUCUUGACCUUACCAAUCCAUCAACGAAAAGGCUACGGCAACUUGUUGAUAGAUUUCUCAUAUCUGCUUACUCGUGUCGAGCGCAAGACAGGAUCGCCCGAAAAACCACUUUCUGACAUGGGCUUGGUUUCUUAUCGCAACUACUGGAGGCUAGUGCUUUGCCGUUAUCUCUUGGAUCAUAUCUCGGACGCCAAGGCGGCUGCUCAUGGCUUGAGUGUCCGGCAGAUGUCUGAUGAUACGGGCUUGACACCCGACGAUGUCAUUUCGGCUCUCGAGGGUCUUCGGUGCCUCGUCCGCGACCCGCACACUGAGUUAUACGCUUUUCGAAUUGACCUUGCGUACUGCACCGAAUAUAUCUCCAAGUGGGAGCGCAAGAACUAUGUCAAGCUGAAUCCGGACGCGCUGACUUGGACUCCGUAUGUCAUGGGCCGAGGCAAUGCUACCAACUUUGAACUUGGCCCAGCUAUCAGUGCCAUUGCACCCCGCGAAGACGAUGAAGCCCAGAAGCCGGCUGAGGAAGCAGUCUCGGUUCUCCCCCAACAUGAACCUGCUGUCAAUGGCAAUUCUAUCAAGGGAACAGGAGAGAAGGCCAUGGCGAUUGAAAGUGCGCCUUCAACCAAUGAGGAUACCGCAGGAGAUGAACUGGAUGAAGCCGAGGUGCAGCCGGCGGUCUACGAAUCCAUGGAGGUACACGAGGACGACCUCUCAAAUGGCGACAGCGGCUUGGCAGCGGCACAUGAGGAGACAUACCAAGAAGUUCAAGCGACACAGGCCGACCUGGAUCAGCUUUCCCUAGACAACUGGACGCUGCUGUACAGGGAUGUUCCGCCGUCGAGAUUCGAGGUGUACCCGCCUCCUGGAGGCCGUCGUGCAGAUCGGCCGCGGUCAAGCGUAUCGCGGCCGACGGUACCUCGAAGCAACAGUAAUAACUCGCGACCACGACGGCCGGCCGGUAGCAGCAGCAGCGUCAGACGGCCAACAUCAAGCCGGCCCAAGAGCUCUUCGUCAUCGUCGCGUAGGAAGACGGGUGGAACUGGGCGAGGGCCUGGACGAUGGCCUAAAGGUACUAAGAAGAGUGACUACGGCAACGCUGACAGCGGACCUGGUCUUCCGCCAGCCUGGAUUCGAGAAAGGACGCGGCUGGCGGCGCUUGGAGGUACAAUUGGAGAGGAUGAAGGGUCGAGGCUGGAGAAUCAGGAAUCAAUAGAUGUGGCCCGGGUUCAACUCCAGGUCGGGGCGCAGCCGGCCAACUUGAUGGAAGAAGCUACUAGAGUUGAAGACAGCGGUCACGGAGACGCGGGUGGCCAAGCAGAGGAUAAGUAA